UUAAUAUGACAGAUAAGAUUAUAAAUUUUACAGAAUUGUAAAAGGAAUAUAGUGAUAUGGCUUAAAUGAUCAUUCAAAACUUCGAAUCUACUUGUUUCGAUUAAAGAAUGGAAGGAUUUCUUUAAGGAAUGCUAAAUAAAGAUUGGGUUUAGGCUAUGAUCAAUAGUCACACGCUGAAGGGCUCUGCAGGGUAUAAGUUAAAUUACUACCCAGUUACAUCAAGGCUGGUCCAUUUAUAGAUACAAUCAAAAUUUUUUAGCAGUUUGUCAAAGAUCAUUGUGUACUUAUUCAAUAUCCUGAAAACUAACCUGCAGCGCCAGAUCGACCACAAUAUCGAUUAAAAGACGAAUUUGAUGAUGAUAAAAAAUUGUAAGCUUAUGAUUAUUUUCAUCCAAUAAUUGAAUAAGCACGAUUACUCAAAUUAGAAAUGUCUAAAUACUCUGGCUCACAAGUGUCUGAUAAUAUUUUCCUAGCUGAAGGUAAAUUAAACAUAAAUUUAUUUAAGGGGAAAAGAUUAAGAAAAUGCAUGAGGAACUUAAAUAGCAGAUCGAAAUAUAAAGAAGAACUUCAAUAAGGUAGAGCCAAAAAACUAUCCAGACUUAAUAAUAAAACAACCCACCUGCUCCAGAGCAAACAUUAAAACCGGUGCAAAUGAAUUCAUCAGUCUUAGAUAUUGUUGUCGUGGAUCCACCAUAAGCAAAUAGUAAAUGUUGUGAUAAAUGUGCAAUUUUCUGA